AUGGCCCCUGAACAGCGCCUCAACGGAAAGGGCCCUGAGACAGCAGCAACGCAGAUACGGACGGGAUUCAGCCAGCACGGUCAUCUUAGCCCUCCGAGAUUGAGUGAGCUCCCUAACGCCGUAAUUAAUGGGGCGUUUGCACCUGGUCAAUCUGGGCGCAUCUGGGGUCGGCAAUCAGCGCCUCUCGCCCCGUCGAUCUGGGCUGGGCGCUGGCUGGCUGUUUGUCACUCUCACUCUGUGCUGCCGUUGAGCCAAGCCCAACUAACACCGCGGCUCAUUGGAUUGGCUGCUGCUGCCCUUGCAGUUCAGUCGCCCCCUGAGGCCGGGGACUCGUACGAUAUGUACAUAUGGAUCAUCAAUCAUCCGUUCUGGAAGUCUGAACAAAGGGAUAAAUGGCGCCAAAUGUCAGGAGGCAGCUGCAGCGGGAUGGGCGCAUUUUCUGGACUGGCAUGA